AUCCAGACUAUCUCUUGACCCUCAGUCCUCUUCUUCUGACGGACAGUCACAAUACAGAUCGCAGAUACGGAUGACCGCACAUGCAAGGUGUUCACUACCGUUCCACGCGCCCGUCACAGACUUUUCCCAUCCACAUGUCUCCGUUGCAGCGUUUGCACAUCGACAUCGUGCAACAUACGCACGUUCAGCGCCUUGACUCCCUCAUAGAAGCCAGGCUCGAUACUCUCGGCCAUCAGACUGGAUCCGCAGUGAUUGCAGAAGUAGUGCUGCACUCUGCGUUUGCCGAAUGUAUAUUUCUACUUCACGUCAGCAUUCUCAUGCCAACAAUUCCAUCUUCCACUUUGUUCCUUGUCGCCGCAGCCAACUCCUCACAGCAGUCCAGCGAUGAUCAUUCAAUCUUACCAACAAACAUAGCCUUGGAGAAGGGGAGUAGAUGAUGAGAUUUUGACGUGCCUGUACGUUUUCGCUGUCCAGUCCAUCACGUUCGAACUCAAUACAUUCAUUCUGCACGUACACGUUGAGAUAGCCGUUGCGCGCGCAGAUGCUGCAAUUGCACUCUACGACCCAACUCUCAGGAUCAUCGAGCGGCGAGGAAAGAGUGACGGUGUACCGGAUGGUGCCACAGUGGCAUGAUGCCGU